GAAAGGACGAUACAAAGGAGUUAUGCUUGCUGCAACGGGGAAAGAUGGGAAUGAAGGUUUUUUUCCUGUAGCUUUUGCUGUUGUUGAUGCUGAGAAUAAAGACAAUUGGUGUUGGUUUCUUGAACAUUUAUGUGGAGUAUUGGGAUCAGAAAGGGUGAUAAGUUUCAUAUCAGAUCGACAUUGUGGUAUUGUGGAGGGAAUUGCUAGGUUUUUCCCUAACUGCUUUCAUGGAUUUUGUCUGGAACAUCUGAAGAGAAAUUUGAGGGAUAAGUUGUCAUGUGGAAACACAAAUUUGAUUAGGGAGAUGAUUGUAUCGAAGUGCAUUAGAGAUUGA